AUGUCUGGGAGAGUCGUCACAGACGAUGUCCUGGCAAAGCACGAUAAGCAGCUCCAACGCUGCAAGGCCCGUGCUGAAGAGGAGAUGGCUGCAGUUCGGAAGGCGGCAGCAAACGCGGAAGAGGCCGCAGAACGAGCACGCCAAAUGAGGAAUGAGAUCCAAGAGAUGAUCAGGACGAAGGAACAGGAGUUCAGGAAGCAGUGCUCCGUAAUGUGA